GAGCCCUGCGCUGAUGUGGCCAACACUGUGUAGUCUUCUGUGACUGGUGGUUGCAGGUCCGCCAUGCAAGUCUGCCUUCCCAUCACUGCCAUCGGCCAAUCCACUUCACAACGAGGCUCAGACGAUUCAUUUGUACACCCCCAAGACCCACCGUUCGACAGUCGGUUGAUCCAGAUUCUCAUCCUUGAACAUCUGUCCUCCAUCUUCCUUCCUGUUGACACGAGCAUGUCACUGCUAGACCACAGAGAGCAACCAUGAUGCGGAGCAAGCCUUCGUCUUCCAUGCAGAAGAUCUACGAUGAAUCCUACUUGCACUGUUCUACAGCAGUCUUUUUCGAGGGCAAGGGCGACGAGCCAGAGGCUCUUCGAUCUUGGAAAGCAGCCCUCGAUGGAAUCACCUACUUUAAAGCAUAUAAACUUCCUUUCAACUACACACCAAAGACCGAGACAGAGAAAGCCCUCUAUGAUUCGAUCCGGCAGUUAGAGAUGCAAUGUAGAGAGCGAGUCGAUUUGCUAGAGACUCUCAGGAUCAGUCGACAGGAUCUCCCGCCUGAUGCCACCGAGGAGAAGAAAACUGAUUCAGGAAGACGUCGACUGGGCAAGUCAAGAGGAGGUCUAGAAAAUGCACAUACGCCUGAUAAGCCUGGCUCGGGCUUGUGGCUUGGUGAUGAGACUGUCCCCCCGAUGCAGAUGUCAGAAUUGCCUGCAGCGUCGCCUGCUUUGUCUUUGUCAAGCCGACCACCUCUCGUCGCUAGGUCGAGUGACAAUUCGACCAAACGAACAUACAACCCAUCCCAGCCCCGCAGCCAAUCGUCCCUCAGCCCCGCUCCCUCAUUGCCCGUGCCGACGACCAAGAUCUCCAGAAGUCCAAGUCCUGACACUGGGAGAAAGGGCAUGAGAACGACACUGCGACCCGAGAGAAAGGGCUUCAGGAAAUACCGAUCCGCACCCAAUACGAACAGAACAACCAAUACUCUACAGGCGGCAAGUUUGGCGUGGGAGACACAGCCGCGACUGACUUCAGCGUCGAGUAGUCGACCGGAGUCCGAUCCCUCGAUAGAAGCCAGGCUGAGUGCGACGGCUGCUAGGCGCAGUAUAGAUCAAGACGCCGCUGCAAGAAAUGAAGAGCGUCGGAAAUCUGGACCCAGCGCCGCUGACGCCGCGUCACUGUAUAGUUGGCGAGAUGCGCCUUACGUGUCGUCCUCACGAUCUUCGAUGCAAAAGUCUAUGGAGAGCAUCCAGCUGACGGAAACAAAGAACAACAUGACCGUGCCAAAUCUGAUAGACUUGGAGCCUGACGUGUCAGACCUUCCACCUCCAGUUCCUCCCCAUGUCUUGGAACCAACCCCUCCACUACCAAGGAUGGGGGCUAAGUCUCCAGUCCAAAUUCCCAAGGCACCACAGAUCUCGUACCGCAACGAGUAUCCAACGCCACAAUCUCGGGUCCCCCCAGCUCUUGCCAACAACAUACUGAACAAGGCCUACCAGAAGAAUGACAGAGCCGGUUCGAGUAUUUCUCGCAAACCGGUAGCUAAUUCAAGCGCUACCCUCGAAGUGAGGGGCCGAUCAUCUCCUUCUCGAUCGCAAAUCUCCGACAGCGAAGAAGAGGCAGCAAAAGUCACUGUCACCAAAGCGAAGCGGCCGAAGGCUGAGCGGACGGAGAGCACAAAAACGAUCACGCCACCGUCUACUGAUGCAGAAUCAGCCGAGGACAGCCCAGAAGCGGCAUCGGAGAAGAAAAUGGCGAAGGUGCUGAAGGACUUGCCCAAAGGCCUCGACGCGAACGCGGCCAAGCAGAUCCUCAAUGAGAUCGUGGUCAAAGGGGAUGAGGUCCACUGGGAUGAUGUUGCCGGACUGGAGGGGGCAAAGAAGGCAUUGAAAGAGGCCGUGGUGUAUCCUUUCCUGCGUCCAGACCUGUUUAUGGGACUGCGUGAACCGGCCCGAGGAAUGUUGUUGUUUGGGCCUCCGGGGACGGGGAAGACGAUGCUCGCAAGGGCAGUGGCUACGGAAAGUAAAAGCACUUUUUUCGCUAUCAGUGCAAGCAGCUUGACAAGCAAAUGGCACGGAGAGUCAGAAAAGUUGGUUAGGGCACUGUUUGCCCUGGCCAAGGCUCUGGCACCCAGCAUCAUUUUCGUGGACGAAAUCGACUCGUUGUUGAGCGCGAGAAGUGGGUCAAGCGAGCAUGAAGCAUCCCGACGCAGCAAGACCGAGUUCUUGAUACAAUGGUCGGAUCUGCAACGAGCCGCGGCUGGGAAGGACACGACGAUUGGGGACGCCAGCCGGGUGCUCGUCCUGGCGGCAACGAAUUGUCCAUGGGACAUCGACGAGGCUGCCAGACGACGAUUUGUACGAAGACAAUACAUCCCUCUCCCGGAGAUGGAGACGAGAGAGACACAGAUCCGAACGCUACUUGGCCACCAGAAACAUGACCUCAGUGAAGAAGACAUUAAACGUCUUGUGGAGAUGACAGAAGGUUACUCGGGGUCAGACAUAACGGCGUUGGCGAAGGACGCGGCCAUGGGACCGCUACGGCAUUUGGGCGAGGCGUUGUUGUAUACUCCCAUGGACCAGAUCCGACCGAUCUGCAUGGAGGACUUUGAGGCCAGUCUUGAGAGCAUCCGCCCGAGUGUGAGCAAGAAAGGUCUGGAAGAAUUUGAACAGUGGGCGAGAGACUUUGGCGAAAGGGGAGGAUGAUUGAAAGCCCAAGGAAUAAUGUGUAACACAAAAUCUUACUUGAUUGAUGAACGGAUGGGCUGCAUAGAUUUGGGUAUGGCCGUCUCUUUGAGAUGCUGCAGGCUGGGUGGAGCGAAUAAUUGUCAUCAGACGAAAGUCCUGGUUAAGGUCAUGUACAGCAAGCGCCAGCACUGACGCGCUCGAUGAGGAUGGACUGGGAUGGAAACACACGCUGAACGACAUCAUGGGCCCGACCAAGGAGCUCACGAAUUGAUGACCAGAUAUAAUAAAAGCAAAUAAGCCUUGUGAGCUUGUCUGUGUCGAAAUGCUCUUCAUCAUGGGAAUGACCAGGGUAAUGGUAGACGUUGG